AUGGAUACCGAACGUUUCGACCCUUCCGUUCCUCUCUGGAUCCUGCAUGUGGACGGCUCGGCAAACCAGCAAGGCUGUGGUGCCGGCUUGGUGUUAACCACUCCAGAUGGUAGCAAAGUUGAGUAUGCCCUCCGAUUCAACUUCCGGACCUCCAAUAACGAGGCAGAGUAUGAGGCCCUCUUGGUCGGCCUUCGGCUAGCCAAGAGCAUGAGCGCAAGGCAGAUCAGCAUUCACAGUGACUCCCAGCUCAUAGUGAAUCAGAUAACGGCAGACUUCGCAGCGAAGGAUGCCUCUAUGUCAGCCUACCUAUCGGCAGCUCACCAACUACUACAAAAAUUUCAGGCCUACGAGAUACGGCAGAUCCCCAGGUCAGAAAACAGCCACGCUGAUGCCCUUUCACGAUUAGCUUCAGCAAUAAAUGACAAGAUCGGAAGGAAGGUACCGGUGGAGAUAUUAUCCCAACCAAGCACGACUGCCGCUGAUGUGUGUACCGUUCGGUACGAGGACACAUGGAUGUCUCCAAUCUAUGCCUUCCUGACAACCGGAACCCUUCCCACCGAUAAGUCCCAAGCUCGGAAACUCCGUUACCGAUCGGCAAGAUACACAGUCAUCAACGAUGUUCUAUACAAGCGAGGCUACAUAACGCCGUAUCUAAAAUGCCUUACGAAGGAGCAGGGGGACUACAUCCUUCGGGAGGUCCACAGCGGAGUCUGCGGUGACCAUUCCGGAUCCCGAUCGCUCGCACACAAAGUCUUCCGACAGGGGUACUUCUGGCCGACUCUGCACCAAGACGCGAACUUAUUGGUUAGGAAGUGUGACAAAUGCAAGCGGUUCGGUAGUGUCCCUCAUAUUCCUGCCGAGCCGCUAUCACCGAUCGUGAGCCCAUGGCCGUUCGCCCAAUGGGGAUUAGAUCUAAUUGGUCCGAUGCCAGAGGGCAAGGGUCAGGUCAAAUAUGCUAUAGUUGUCGUAGACUACUUCACCAAAUGGGUAGAAGCCAAAGCCUUAGCAACCAUAACGGCAGCCCGAAUCGAAGAUUUCGUCUGGACGAACGUUUGUUGCCGAUUCGGCAUCCCCUACGCCAUCGUCACGGAUAACGGCAGGCCGUUUGAUUCGGAAGUCUUCAGAGAAUUCUGUACCCGACUCAAGAUCAACCUGUUCUUUGCUUCGCCAGCCCACCCCCAAUCAAACGGACAGGUCGAAGCAAUGAAUAAGAUUGUCAAGAAGCUAUUGAAACGGCAGCUUGGCAAAGCCAAAGGAGCCUGGCCGGAAAAACUUCCGGAGGCAUUGUGGGCCGUCCGGACAUCCUACCGAACGGCAACUGGGGAAACGCCAUUCUCCAUGGCUUUCGGCUCUGAAGCGGUAGUCCCAGUAGAAAUCGGAGAGCCUUCUUACCGAACGGAAACUUUCGUACCGAAACCGAAUGAGGAAGCGCUCGCCUUGAGCCUCGACCUGCUCGAAGAACGCCGAGCACAGGCCAACCUUCGGAACGAAGCUUACAAGCAACGCGUCUCUCGGUACUAUGACUCCAGGGUCAGGUCCCGCUCUUUCCGAAUCGGAGAUUGGGUCAUUCGAAAAGUCUCUUUGGCAACCAAGAAUCCCACGGAAGGAACCCUCGGACCUUCCUGGGAGGGACCCUAUGAAAUCAUCGGUAUCCAACGAUCGGGGACUUAUCGACUCAGAGACUCCAACGGAAAGACCCUCGGUCAUCCUUGGAAUGUAGAGCAUUUGAAAUACUAUUUUAAAUGA